CUAGUCACAUGUCACCAUCAUGGCGGAUUCAGCUGACUGAGAGCAUCGAAACUGUAUGAGAAGUGAAACUUCAUAACCACAAAAGAGUUUAAGUUUUAAACUUAUAGUUUAUCAAUGACAAUUAGAAUGCAGUAGUGCUUGCUUAGUAUGCAGGAAAAUCUACAUUCGUGCACAAGGAUUAUACAGAACAGUGGUUAGCUGAAGGAUAAAACUCAAUUGAUGUCUAUUCAAGACCGUACAGAGGCAGGAGAACUAACUCCUCUUGUGGACAGUGAGAUUUCAGUUAAAACUGUUAAAGGAUCAUCAUGGCUGUCAUCAGCAUUCCUAAUAGUGAAUGCAGCUGGGGCUGGUCUUCUCAACUUUCCUCAAGCAUAUCACCAGGCUGGUGGUGUCCUUAUUGCUGUCAUCAUACAAUCAGUGUUUCUUGUGUUUGUUGUGGUGGCAUUGGUGACACUGGGCUACUGUUCUGACCUCAAGCAGAGUGCCACUUACCAGGACACCAUCUUCUCUGUGUGCGGCAAACAUGCACAGACAGCUUGUGCACUGUCCAUCCUACUUUACUGCUUUGGGACCUGCAUUACAUUCCUCAUCAUUAUUGGCGACCAGUGGGAAGAGUUCUUCCUCUUUGUUGAUCGUGAUUUCUACUGCAACAAAAGUCCAUUUUAUAUGAAUCGAGCCUUUACCAUUGUGGUCACAUCUCUCCUAUUCAUACUGCCGAUGAUCUUUCCACGCCGCAUUGACUUUCUCAAGUAUGCUAGUUUUGUGGGUGUGAUUGGUAUUCUUUAUGUGGUGUGUCUGGUCACAAUCAAAUAUUUCCUGCCACAUGAAACUCCUGGACCUGUCAAAACUAGCCCAGAUUCAUGGAUCGAUGUGUUUCUUGUAGUUCCUGCUAUCUGUUUUGCUUAUCAGUGUCAUGUCAGUGUCAUUCCAAUCUACUCCUGCAUGGAAAAGCGUUGUCUUCGUGAGUUCUCAAAAUCGGUUACCUUGGCCAUGAUCCUUUGUGUGCUGACAUACACUGUGACAGCAGCUCUUGGGUACCUCAUGUUUGGUGACAGAAUCACAAGUGACAUUUUGCUGUCAUUUGAACCAGAUACAUCUGUGUUGAUUGCAGUGAUACUGAUUGCUGUGAAGACAUACACCACAUACCCUAUCCUUCUCUUCUGUGGAAGGGCUGCCUUUGGCUGUAUCUGGAACACUGCUUGGCGCCUCACACCUGAACAGAUAGUGGCUCAAGAAAAAAUUCAGCGAAUAGCAGUGUCUUUAACAUGGUGCUUCACGUUAGUGCUUGCAGUUUUUAUCCCCAAUAUUGGAGUCGUGAUACAAGUUCUUGGAGCUUUUGCAGCCAUUUUUAUAUUUAUUUUCCCAGGUAUGUGUCUGCUGAAAACCAUGAUUGACAGAGAUGACCAGACGAGGAGAACCAAGUUGGUCCUAUGGUUUUCAUGUGCAUUCAUUGUAGUAGGAACUUUCAUCUUUGGCUUGACACUGUCUCAGGCACUGAUGAAUGACAUUAAAAACAAUGGAGCUAAAGCAGACAAGUCCAAGUUCACUUGCUGACCCCAUGUGGGGAUGUUCCUUGUCAGCAUGAGCAUGUCUUCUGAUUCUUUUCAUUUAUUUGAAGAGCAGUAUUUAGCCCCCUUUUAAUAAUUUUGCUGAAGAGAAGAAAAUUACAAACAAUAUUUUAAAAAAUUUUAUAUUUUGAAAAGUAAAAUCUGAAGGAGGCAAUCACCUUAACACAUAGAAUGCUUGUUAUUUACGUUGUUAUUGACACCAAAUUUUUUCACCUAGUUUCUAGUCCUGAUUGUGCAAAUCUGGACAUUGGUCGUAUAUUUAUUUUGCUGUCGCUGUCUGGGAAAAAAAUGCUUUCUAAGGGUUAACAGCACCUGUUUAGUGCAUGAACAAAUAAAAGAUUUUGUAUGUAUUAAAUAAAGUGCUUUAUUGGUAACAGGGAGAACAAUGAUUCUUUGUCUGUCAAAAUGCAUUAUAAACUCUAAUCCAUUUGGCAUUUAUUAAGUCAGCUAUUUAAUCAUGAGGAAACAUGACUGUGAUUUUCUGUCAUCUCACCUUACAUGUCAUUGGUUAGUUCCAAGUGUGUUUAAAGAUGAGGUUCUUGGACCAGUAUUAGCUCACUAUGUGGUGCCAAAAACAGGCACAAGACUGAAAAAGCGCAAAUAUGCUGUCUCACACUAGUCUCCUUCUUUAUCAUCUCCACUGAAGGUAUUGGCCUUUUAAGUUCUGUUUGGAUAGCCCCACCCUCCCCAUAAGGAAAGAAAAAAAAUUUUAACAGUUUCAAAUGUACAGAUAUAUUUAUGUUGCUUUUUGUCUGCAAUAUUUGAGGAAGACCUUCGAUAGUCAUGGUGGACUGUGUUAAAGAAGUACUUGUAAAUUUUCAUGUGAUUGAAAUCCACUUCCCUUUCCUUUCUUCUGCAACAAAAAUAUUCUUAACUGCAUACUCCAAUUUUGUUUUAUUUUGAUAUUUCACAGAGUAAUGUUUGUCAUGCUAUUAUAUUAAUUAUGUUUUUGUGUUUGCUUACUUAGUAGUUUACUAAUGUGUCUGGAAUACUUUAAGAAAUGAUUUUGGAGGUGGGUUGAGGGGAGUGGGGAGAAUGUUGAGUACAAAACUAAUCAGGUCCUCUGCACAAAUAGCUAAGGCAACAUUUUUUGUUUCUACUAAAGUCUCACAACCAUGUAUAAAAGAGUUUCACAAGUUUUACUCUACUAGAUUUGUUUAUGUCUUGUUAAAUUUACAUUUUUAAUACAGCACAAUCUUUUAAUGGCUGUGCAUUAUUUCAAAUAUGCUGAAAUACUUUAAAAUGAGAUUAUAUUUUUUGAUAGACAUUUGCAUUCUUGUAAUAAAGCUAACAGUGAUGUAGAUUUA